UUCGUUUGCAUUAACAAUCAUGCGAAACCAUAUUUUAUUGGCCAAGUUGGAUACACUGUACCUUUCCAACCGCACAAUUCGCACGGAAGUUUCCCUGAAUCCAACUUUUCCAAUUAAUAACACAUACUUAUGAAAGACUUUAACAAUUAAUAAUACAAACCUAAAAAAUCUGAAUUUCUCCAAUUAUUAACACAAAUCUGAAAAAGUCUAAUUGCAUUGCUGUAAAGGGACUAUUGGUUCAUAUGAAUCUAGGUCACCAAUCAAGGUGAUCCACCUGUCACGAUGCCUUCUCUUGAUGAUUGCUCGCUUUAACAAACGAAAAACCUAUCCAUUCCCGAAUCCUCCAUGAACCCAAAAACAGUGCUAUUGCAAGUUGCAACAAAUUUGGGAGAAACAGUGCUCUGGCAAGUUGCAACAAGCUUGGACAAUCUUUUGUGUAAUACAACAGCUACUAGAUUUCAGUGGGCUUUACUGCCUUGGUACCUGUGAUAUCUUGCCUGCUAUAUAGGUGGAGGUAGACAUGCUCUGUCACUUCUCUAAGUUUUAGUGCAAAAUGUACAAAAUAGACUUCUUGGCAAAACUGAAGAGUAUGGGAGUGUGAGGCAUAUGAGCCACUUAGCCACCCUGGUCAGAAAGUCAAAAAAAAAUUUGCAAUGGACACGUGUGAGGAAUCUCAGCAGACAAAAGCGGCCUCAAAUUAUGGCAGUGGAGCUCCUUGGAUGUUCAGAGGCAGGGCCUUUUAUCAGAUGCACUUAGUGAAGGCAGAUGUUGUUCGUGAAUGCAUUCCCAAAGGACUCAAAUUGGUUCAGGCAUUUGGAUAUACACUUGGAGGAAUAUACUUGGCACAGUAUGAUGAUAGUCCAGCAGGAAAAUUUGAUGAGCUUGUGGUGAUUGCUGGUACUGUCUGGAAUUGGCCAACUUCUUGCGCGUGGGCUGCAAGAGUACUUGUCAACAACAAGGAAGCCCGUGAUCAUGGUCGAAAGGAAAUUGGUCUUCCCAGUCACUUCGCUUCUUUUUUGAAGGCAAACAUUGCAGAUAAACAGCAACAAGAACAGCAACUCUUUCCAGAGCAGUGGUCUAGACAAAAGUCACAAUCAGAAAAGAGGAACAAGUAUAAGGGCAGGUUAGAGAUAACAGUUUCUGAACAGAGUAAUGGGCUUAAGAUAAAAACUUCGAUGGAAUCAAAUAGAGAUGAUAGAUGGAUGAGACCCAUCAUGAGAUUCCCGCUUCCAAGUUUUAGUGGCUGCACAAAGUUCCAGCCUGACCUUCUCAAGUACUCAUGCACAAUAGACUGCAGAGUGCGAUUUGUGAACACAGCAAUAAUUUCAGCAUGUAAUCCAAACCUGAGUAAAAAUGAUUAUAGAAUAUCAGGUACUGGAUAUGGAACAGAGCUGGAAAUAAAACAAAAGGAAGAAUCUGCCGAGAGGGCUGCCCAAAAAUUAACAAUUUCUGUGCUUUCAUCAAGGCCAAUUAUUGCUUUUGCUUUUGAUGACAUGAAAAUGCUUGUGAGAGCUCCUGUAAACGGCAAUAAAUAAUUUUAUUCUUCUAAAACUUAUUGAUUUGCUGUAAAGUUAUAAUGGAAAGGUCCAAUCAUUAUAUGUUCA